AUGAGACUGGUGCUUCCUAACCCCGGGCUAGAUGACCGGAUCCCCCGUUAUGAAGAUCUGGAGAAGAUGGAGAAGGCGGAGGCCGCAGACAGGCCCAAGUGGGACAACAAAGCCCAGUACAUUCUCACCUGUGUGGGAUUCUGCAUUGGACUUGGCAAUGUGUGGCGUUUCCCUUACUUGUGUCAAAGUCAUGGAGGAGGAGCCUUUAUGAUCCCGUUCCUAAUCCUGCUGGUCCUGGAAGGAACACCUCUCCUUCUUCUGGAGUUUGCCAUCGGCCAGCGCCUCAGGAUGGGCAGCGUGGGAGUGUGGCGGGCUAUCAGCCCCUAUCUUACUGGAGUUGGUAUAGCCUCCAUGCUGGUGUCCUUCCUGGUUGGACUGUACUACAACACCAUCUUGGCCUGGAUCCUGUGGUAUCUCUUCAACUCUUUCCAGGACCCCCUGCCCUGGAGUCAGUGUCCACUCAAUGAGAAUCAGACAGGCUAUGUGCCAGAGUGCGAGCAGAGCUCCCCAGUGGAUUACUAUUGGUACCGAGUGACCCUGAACAUUUCAGCUACUUUAUCCGACUCUGGGGAAUUACAGUGGUCUAUAGUGCUAUGUAUUUUAGCUGCAUGGGCAGUCCUCUGUGUAUGUUGCAUUAGAGGGAUCCAGUCUUCGGGCAAGGCAGUGUACAUCACCUCCACUCUGCCUUACAUUGUGCUGACCAUCUUCCUGAUCCGAGGGCUGACUCUCAAAGGUGCUCUGAGUGGAGUCCAGUUCCUCUUCACACCAAAUGUGGAUGAGCUAAUAAACCCAACAACUUGGCUGGAUGCAGGGGCCCAAGUGUUUUACUCCUUUGGUCUGGCAUGGGGAGGCCUCAUCUCCUUCUCCAGUUACAACCCUGUUCACAACAACUGUGAACAAGAUGCUGUGAUACUGUCUGUCAUCACUGGCUGCACCUCAGUCUAUGCCGCCACCGUCAUCUACUCCAUCAUCGGCUUCAGGGCCACAGAGAAAUAUGAUGAAUGCAUCAGUGGAAACGUAAUGUCCCUGUUAAAUGAAUUUAAUCUGGCUGAAGGAAGCAUCACCGCAGACAAUUAUGAGAUGGCCUUAGCCUCUCUCAAUAGCUCUCAUCACGAUAUUGUUCAAGGACUGAAUAUCAUACCCUGUGACCUGCAGAAAAUGCUCAGUGAGGGUGUGGAGGGAACAGGUCUUGCCUUCAUUGUGUUUACUGAGGCCAUCACCAAGAUGCCUGUCUCUCCGCUGUGGUCCAUCCUCUUCUUCAUCAUGCUUCUCUGCCUGGGACUCUCCACCAUGUUUGGCAACAUAGAGGGAGUGGUGGUUCCCUUACGAGACCUGAAUAUCUUCCCCCGGAAAUGGCCCCCAGCAGUACUAACUGGUAUAACAUGUGUUGUGGCCUUUCUCAUCGCCCUCCUGUUUGCUCAGCGUUCAGGAAGUUACUGGCUCGUGCUGUUUGAUAGCUUUGCUGGUUCAAUUCCCCUUCUCACAAUAGCCUUCUUUGAGAUGAUAGCUGUUGUUUACAUCUAUGGAAUAGACAGGUUCAAUAAGGACUUGGAGUUCAUGAUUGGACACAAGCCCUCCAUCUAUUGGCAGGUCACAUGGAGGUUUAUCAGUCCUCUAAUUGUUCUGGUUAUCUUCCUCUUUUACCUGGCAACCAAAGUUCAAGAAGAGCCCAUGUAUUUAGUAUGGGACCCUGAUUAUGUCAGAUUCCCUGCUCUGGCGUUGGUGCCGUAUCCUUCAUGGGUCAAUGUGGUCAUCUUCCUUUUGGCAGGAAUCCCCAGUCUGAUAGUCCCUGUGUAUGCAUUAUGUAGGCUGGUCUUUGUCCGCUGCUGCAAGAGCUGAGAUCAACACGGAGCAAGAAUAACCCCACUUGACAGCCCUGUAUUGCUUAACGGAUGUUAUUAAGUGCAAAUUAAAUUUGUUGGCAUAAUUUAAGAUUAGAAAGUAUUCGUCCAAUUCAUGCAGCCACAGUCAUUGCAUUAGUUUUGUCGCUUGUCUAUCCAUCCAUUAUCCAAACCGUUUAUCCUGCUCUCAGGGUCGUGGGGAUGCCGGUGCCUAGCCCAGCAGUAAUUGGGCGGAAGGUGGGGAGACACCCUGGACAGGCUGCCAGGCCAUCACAGGGCCAACACACACACAUUUAAACCUAGUGACAAUUUAGUACGGCUGAUUCACCUGCCCUACAUGUCUUUGGACUGUGGGAGGAAACUAGAGCACCCACAGGAAACCCACGCAGACAUGGGAGAACAUGCAAACUCCGCACAGAGGGCGACCCAGGA